UAUGGGAGCAAGUGUAAGGAGGUGUGUAACAGAGCCAGUGCACAGUAAGGGGGUGAAAGGAGGUACUCCUGCACUGCGCCCUCAGCUUCCCUUCUGGCGGGUCUCCUUCCACAGGGAGCCUCUCGGAGAAGCGAGGCGACCUCUGGACUGCAGGACGCCAGUGGGUGGGAGACAGACGGGGCCGGUCCUGGGCGCCGCCCUCCCGAACCCCGGGCUGCUUAUUUUAGCCUCCUCCGCCCCCCGGGAAUGCCACGCGGCUCGGGGCCAGGUAGAUGUGACGUCAGGAGAUGGCUUUCGUCGAUUUGACGUGUAAACACUCAUUUCCAUUCCGCUGGGCAGGGCCGGCUGCGCUCGGCGGGUACACCACGCACAGCACCCCGCGCCUGCAGACGCCCGGCCCGGCUCUGAGUGCGCGUGGCCCCGAGGCUGCCGGGCUGUGGUCGGACUCGACUCGUUCUGUGUGCGCGGCUGGGGCCGGAGCGCCAUGGCGCGGGGAGCCGGGACCCUGCAGCGCGCGGCGCUCGCCCUCCUGUGCGCCUGGGUGGCGCUGGGCAGAGGCGAGGCCAGGAGGCAGUUCGUGAACGAAUGGGCGGCAGAGAUCCCCGGGGGACCCGAGGCGGCCGCGGCCAUCGCUCAGGAGUUGGGCUACGACCUGCUGGGCCAGAUUGGGUCACUUGAAAACCACUACUUAUUGAAACAUAAAAGCCACCCCCGCAGGUCUCGAAGGAGCGCUCCUCACAUCACUAAGAGGUUAUCUGAUGAUGAUCGUGUGAUAUGGGCUGAACAGCAGUAUGAAAAAGAAAGAAGUAAACGCUCAGUUCUAAGAGAAUCAGCACUAAAUCUCUUCAACGAUCCAAUGUGGAACCAACAGUGGUACUUGCAAGAUACCAGGAUGACUGCUGCACUCCCCAAACUGGAUCUCCAUGUGAUACCUGUUUGGCAAAGAGGCAUCACAGGCAAAGGAGUUGUUAUCACUGUUCUGGAUGAUGGCUUAGAGUGGAAUCACACAGACAUCUAUGCCAAUUAUGAUCCAGAGGCUAGCUACGAUUUCAAUGAUAAUGAUCAUGACCCAUUUCCCAGAUAUGAUCCCACAAAUGAGAACAAACACGGGACCAGAUGUGCAGGAGAAAUUGCCAUGCAAGCAAACAAUUACAAGUGUGGGGUUGGGAUCGCAUACAAUUCCAGAGUUGGAGGCAUAAGGAUGCUGGAUGGAAUUGUGACUGAUGCCAUUGAGGCAAGCUCCAUUGGGUUCAAUCCUGGACAUGUGGAUAUUUACAGUGCGAGCUGGGGCCCCAAUGACGAUGGGAAAACCGUGGAGGGGCCUGGCAGACUGGCCCAGAAGGCUUUUGAAUAUGGUGUCAAACAGGGCCGGCAAGGCAAAGGUUCCAUCUUCGUCUGGGCCUCGGGAAAUGGGGGACGGCAGGGAGAUAACUGUGACUGUGACGGCUACACCGACAGCAUCUACACCAUCUCCAUCAGCAGCGCCUCGCAGCAGGGCCGGUCCCCCUGGUACGCAGAGAAGUGCUCCUCCACGCUGGCCACCUCCUACAGCAGCGGCGACUACACAGACCAGAGAAUCACGAGCGCGGACCUGCACAACGACUGCACGGAGACCCACACUGGCACCUCGGCCUCGGCACCCUUGGCUGCGGGCAUCUUCGCUCUGGCCCUGGAAGCUAAUCCAAACCUCACCUGGAGAGAUAUGCAACAUUUAGUUGUGUGGACCUCCGAGUAUGACCCGCUGGCUAACAACCCUGGAUGGAAAAAGAAUGGAGCAGGCUUGAUGGUGAACAGUCGGUUUGGAUUUGGGUUGUUAAAUGCCAAAGCACUGGUGGAUUUAGCUGACCCCCGGACCUGGAGCAGUGUGCCUGAGAAGAAAGAGUGUGUUGUGAAGGACAAUGAUUUUCAGCCCAGAGCCCUGAAAGCCAAUGGAGAAGUCAUCAUUGAAAUCCCAACAAGAGCUUGUGAAGGACAAGAAAAUGCCAUCAAGUCUCUUGAGCAUGUGCAGUUCGAAGCAACAAUCGAAUAUUCCCGAAGAGGAGACCUUCACGUCACUCUCACGUCUGCUGCAGGAACCAGCGCCGUACUCUUGGCUGAGAGAGAGAGAGACUCAUCUCCUAAUGGCUUUAAGAAUUGGGACUUCAUGUCUGUUCACUCAUGGGGCGAGAACCCUAUAGGGACUUGGACUUUGCAAAUUACAGAUAUGUCUGGAAGAAUGCAAAACGAAGGCAGAAUUGUGAACUGGAAGCUUAUCUUACAUGGGACAUCAUCUCAGCCAGAGCACAUGCGGCAGCCCCGCAUGUACACGUCCUACAACACCGUUCAGAAUGACAGGAGAGGUGUGGAGAAGAUGGCAGACUCUGCAGAGGAGCAGCCCACACUGGAGGGCCAGAAUGAGAAGCCUCUGGCACCCCAAGGCCCUGGUUUUGGCAGUGUGGGGGGACGAAGGGAAGAGCUGGCAGAGGGAGCCCCUUCUGAGGCUAUGCUGCGCCUCCUCCAAAGUGCUUUCACCAAAAACCCAAGCCCUAAACAAUCACCAGCGACGUCUUUGAGUGAAAAACUCAGCAUCCCUUAUGAAAACUUCUACAGAGCCCUGGAAAAGCUAAAUAAGCCUUCGCAGCGUAAAGACUCCGAAGACAAUCUGUAUAACGACUAUGUGGAUGUUUUCUACAACACGAAACCGUACAAGCACAGAGAUGAUCGACUGCUGCAAGCGCUGGUGGACAUUCUGAGGGAGGAAAAUUGAAAUAAGUGGGCAGGUCUGAGUUGGAAAGAGUCAUGCUGCUUCCUUCCCCUUAGAUUUUGCCUGUAUCUGAUGUGGUUGCUUUUGUCAUUGAUUCUUAUGCAUAUAAUAUCCAUUGUUGUACUUUUUUGCCUUUUCUCCCCGAACUGGAUAUGUAAAAGGGAUGAGCUUAAGUAGUAAAUCCAGCUUCCUGAAUUGAUCAUAGUUCUUUCAAAACCCGUCUUCCCUGCCUGCAUAAGAAAAAAGAUUUGUUCUUUCUGGAGCUGUGAGUCCAUUACACAUUACAUUAUAAAGCCUCCUGGGGCCGGCCCAUUUCAUUUCUUAAAAGAAAAGUCAUUACCUAGACACUAGGUUAAUUGGAAAAAGUAACCCCCCAAAAAAUUGAGAACGGUUUAUUCUCUUUCAUUGUGGUUAUUAGAAUUUUGAUACUGAAGGAAGAUUUGGAAUGUCUCUAAGAAUGAAUUCAUAAUCAGGUCCAUAACUAAGGCAUUUCAACUUCAAGUGCUCCUCACUUGGGGAAGAAACAGCUGUUCAUCUGAGAGAGAGAAGAGCUAUUUGCAUCCAGAAAUGGACCUUGAAAUUUGUGCUGUCUCAUGUGAGCAAUUCUAGAAUGUUCUCUGCUUGUUGUACCAUACAGAGACCAUGAAUCUAAUAGUAGCUUGAUCUGUUCUUCUUUAAUUUCCCUUUAUUCUGAAGGUUUUCUUUGCCUAUGUCCUUUAUUAGAUACAGAUGAAAUACUGAGAAAAUUUACUUACACCCUUUCUAGAACAAAAUUAUGUUUAAGACUUAGCAAAUGCCCAGUUAUAUUUUUAACAAUGAUGAUGGGAAAAUUACUCAUAACCGAGAACCAUUGUUAUAACAAUGAAAUACUCAUGGUGAGUCAAAGCACUGAGAGACUUCACUUGGAUUUUGUUAUAAGUAUUAGGGCAGGAUUUUUCUGGAUCUUUGAAAGUUCAUCCCUUAAGACCAAAUAUCCUUUCCCUGCUUUAUAUCUGAUAGCCAAUUUCUCAGCACAUUGCUUCCCAACUUCAGCAAAGAGGUUAAAAGCUGGCAGCACACAGGCUGCAUUUGACCCUCAGGUAGAUGUUGUUUAGUGUGUGAAAUGUCUUUAAAAUGGGAGUGAUUAUUUAAAAAAUGAGAUCACACAUAAAAUCCAGUUCUCAGGCCCACAAUCUCUUCUGGCAACAGCUGGCCAGAGUUAAGUAGCAGCUAUGCAGCUAGACUUGAAGGCCAGGUCCUGUGUUACCUUGCUCCAAACUGCUUCAGGCAACCAUCUUACUGUCAGAAUUUAAUUAGCAUUUGGUUGUUCCCAUCCCUAUGUUAAAUAAGCAUGUACAAAAUAUAUAUACAUCUGGGAAAAAUUAUUCUUAGCUUCUUCCAAGCUGCAUUUGUAUGGUAAUUAAUAACUAUGAGAAUUUUCCAUGAUCAAAUUAAAUUAGAGCCAAAAAAGGAGUAUUUUAGACCCCUGGAAGUAUAUCUGAAAUCUCAUUUGACAAAGUACUUUAAUUUCAUCUCACCAGGUUAUGUUGAUUUACACAAUUGUCAUUAACCCCCUAAUUUCCCAUUCUCCGAAUAGUCACAAAUAACUAUUAGGUUCCAAAUACCUGAAAAUUUCCCAGGAGUUUGUCUGCAAGCCUUUUGUAAUGUUUGAACUACAUAAGAUCUCAUAUCAUUGAAACAGAGCUGGAAGGAAAACACUGGAGCCUCUCAUUUGAUUUGAUCUGCUUGAAGUGUGGGUGGUAUUGGUAAUGUCUGAUUCUUUAUUCUACUUUAAUGCCCAUGUUAAUUUGGCUGGAAUGGGGAUAUUUCCAGAGCAAUAGUCACAAAGCUUAAAGGACACCCUCACGGAAUCACUGCCCUUGAAGUUUCCCAUAAUGUGUUGGAUAUAACCUUAAAAAUUGCAGCAUGUCAAAAAAGCAUUAGCACUUAAAAAUGCCAGAGAGAUGUUAGCAUAGAUUUUCAACUGAAAAACAAAGCUAAGAAGGUCAGUGAAUGGUAAUAAAUGAAAAUUCAUCCUUUCCCCAUUACAAAUUCUAGCGAAUUGUAUGAAGCUAUGAUUUUCAUCCUUUUUAAUAGUACUCUUUGCUCGUUGAAAUCCCAACUAGCCUAUUGGAUUGUAGCCAAAGGUAUACUCAAGAGAAGCUUUAAUACUUAAAGUCAUGUUUGGCCGUUUCCAAUAUGGAGUGUAUUGUUCAGACAUAAACUAUUUUUGUCAGUCUUU